AUGGAAUACAUUGCGGCAUACGUUCUUUGCACAAUUGGACAUGACAAAGCCGAAGAGGCCAAAGUAAAAGAAAUCUUGACAGCGGCCGGUGCCACCGUCGAUGAAGCCAAAGUCGCCGAAGUCUUCAAGGCUCUCGAGGGAAAGAACGUCUGGGAAGUCAUCGAAGAAGGAAAAAGCCAAAUGGGUUCUAUGGCCGUUGCUGCUGCCCCAGCCGCCUCUGCUACCUCAGCUGAAGCCCCAAAAGAAGAAAAUACCGAGGAGAAAAAAGAAGAGAAAAAAGAGGAAGCCGAAGAAGACUUCGGAGGAUUUGGUGAUCUUUUCUAA